AUGUCUGUAGCUAUGUGGAUGUCCAGUAUACUUACGUUGGGCUUCGCAGCUGGUCUGUCUCGUGCUGGACAGCCAGAUGGGCCUAGAUUGUUGCGAAGACUUCCUCAAACUUACGAUGUACCUAUGCCCAUCAUACCAAUCACCACUACUGUUCAUUCUGGCAAUGCUAGUGUGGUGACACCCCCAAUGAACAGCCCUUUCCCAACUUCCACAAUGCAAACUGUACAACCCUCUAUAUCAGUUUCAGACGCUCCUAGCCUGAGUUCUGGUGUUGGCCACGAUUUUGGAUCAGUCUCGGAUGCACUCACUGAGACAAGUCUUGAUCUGGCCCACAGCGAAUCCGCAGAUAGCACUUUGGCCCAGCCUUCUGGAGAUCAGUCUGUCACUGUAUCAACAAACCCUUUUGAAUCAACCGAGACUCUACCUGUUACUAGUUAUAGUACUGUUGAGUUUCCCACUUCAGAAACUGGGGUAUCCCAGGAUAUCACUACCACCUGGUCGACUGAGGGUGAGACUCAUGUCUCUGGUUCAUCUAGCAACAGUGGUGAAGGCUAUACUGAGUCUGGAGCUUCGAGUCAGAUGAUCACGGAUUCAGACAGUCUCUCAACAACAUCCAUCGCUGUUACCACCGGCACGGAAGUAUCUUUGAGUAUGUCUCAACCCACAGAAAGCACUGGAAGCUUAUCGUCGGCCGUCUCUUCAGAAACAUCAGACGCCAUUGAGAAUUCGGAGACAAUUCGGAGCCCUUCAACUCAAUCUAGGAGUCUUGAUUCUGCAAUUGAGACUUCUUCGCAAACCGAGACCUCAUUCAUCUCUGAGACAUGGGCUAGUAUGUCUUCGGAUAUCAUUGUUGAGCCCUCAGAGUCUGUUAUCGAUAGUACUCAGACCUACACGAGUUCAGAUGGACCAGUGUCUCAAGCCCCAUCAGGAAUCACCGGCUCGGGGGACGUGACUUCCCUGACGGUUUCCUCAACAGUAGGGCAACCUUCUGGGAGUCUUGAAACUCCAAGUGAGCCAGCAGAAUCAUCUCUAGCCAGUGACCAGCUAGCGCAGCCAACUAAAGCUCCUACAACAAAAGAACAUCUGGCACCGGCUUUGACCAGUACAGGAGACAUGGUUGUUACUGGAACCGAUGGCACUAUUGCAACCUAUGUACCAGAACAAGAUUCAUCUUAUGCUUCUUCAACGGAAACUAUCACAACCACAGAUGACAAUGGUGAUAAUAUCAUUAUUUUCCCUUUCGGCUGGUUUUGGAAGUUGGACGGUGGCAAAGGUGGCGCGGGAGUAGUAAAGCCCCCUGCUCCCACCAUUAACCCCGGCAUGGUAAACCAACCGGACGAGAAGGAAGGUGAUGAGGAUGAAGAUGACGAUAAAAAUGAGGAUGAUGCAUCGACGAAAGAUGGCGAUACAUCUACUGUUGAUUCUACUGUAUCUUCUACUACAGAAUGGCCUACGACCACGACCACAUCAGAACCGGAAACGACUACGACAGAAGAAUGCACCGCCAUGACACAGCCAGAUUGUACUAGGACUGUCUCUUACAUGACUUCAGAUGGUACAAAGAUUAUGACUGAGUUUGGAGAUUGUCCCACAAUCGUUAGCUGUGCCACAGAAACUCAGGCUACUGCCACAGUGACACUUUCAGAAUUGAUCUGGGCUGGUGGAGUUAUUGAGACUCCCCUGGAAAUUAUACCUGAAGAUGCACUGACGGCAGAAGUUGACCAUGAUCUGAUGGACGCGCUGGAAGACGAGUGGGCUAAAGUAUUUGAUGGAGAUGACUCGGUAUUCCCUAGGGUUGGGAACGCUACAGAUACUGCAAUCGAGAAAACUGCCACUGAAACAGAGACUUUAACGGCAGAAACUUCCACAGAUCUGGCAUUAACGACUGAUCUGGCAGAGACAAUAACCACAGAGUCCGGGUCCUCAUUCGCGUCUAUAACACCAAGCACACUAGUGACAAGAACAAAAGUCUCUAGUAAUACUUUGGAGGUUACCAGAACCACUGGGGAAGCUGUUCAGACGUACUUCCCAUGUGUCAUCCAUGGUGGUCCUGCCGUCGAAACACCAUAUUGCCAGUGUUCCACGACUAUCGAUGGCCAGGGCUACUACGCAACUACCACUCUGGUCGACGACAAGUGUAUCGCAUACACAGAGUUCCCAUCAGAGAUCACCUCUGCACCUCCAUCAGGGCCUAUUACUGAAGAACCUGUCCAAGAGCCCAUCACCACGACAACAGCCGGGACAGUCUUGGUCUGGUCUGCUUACGUGCUGGAGUAUAUAAAUAUUGCAGGUGUCACGAGAAUUACACAUUCAGUCGGUGUAGGCCAGCCUUCAACAGUCUCAACUCCCUUGCCAUCCCAAACUGCUGUCGACAACGACGGUGGUGGUCAAUGUGGAACUGCCGACAGUCUGUCCAAGCAAGGGUUACGCGAGGCAUGCGAUAGAGCGAUAGACCAAUUUGAAGAUGGGGUGGUUUAUACUGGCUAUGCUUCACGCUACAGUCGAUCAGACAAAGGCAUUCUCAUGCCUGCAUCAUUUGGCAAGGCAGCAUGUGUUGCCAAGUUUGAGUGCGACCACUACGGUAUUGGCAUGGCAGGGUCCGACAUUAAAGCAGCUCGUGAGAGUGCAAAUACGAAUGAUGGGAUUGGGAUCUGUGGUCAUGUCUAUUUGUCCAAUUCAUGCAAGGUUGUCAUGGACUACUGCACAAACUGCAAAACCCGAGGCUAG